AAAAUUACUUCUUUCAUAAUUUGGAUUUCCAGUUCAAACUGCUUCACCCAACACUGCAACAACAAAACUUGUCUUUGACGGAACUUUUGAAGUGAAAACAAACAUGAGGAGCGCACGACAGAGGUUGCAUACUAUUUGUGGUCACGUAAAAUGGUCAAAAGAACACGGACGUGUAAACCUUGUCCAAACAAGGUCAAAGGUUUUGACAACUGACAACAUUAACCCAUUUGUCAAAAACAUGGAAUAUGCAGUGAGAGGGCCAAUAGUUAUUCGUGCUGCAGAAAUAGAGCAAGAACUAAAAGCUGGUAAGAGUAAACCAUUUUCUGAUGUUAUUAGGGCCAAUAUUGGGGAUUGUCAUGCAACUGGUCAAAAGCCCUUGACGUUCCUGAGACAGGUUGUUGCUAUAUGUACCGAUCCAGAUAGGUUAAUGGAUGAUCCAAAAUAUCCAGCAGAUGCAAAAAGUAGAGCAAAACGUAUAUUAUCAGGCUGUGGGGGCCAAAGUAUAGGUGCCUAUAGUGACAGUUCAGGUGUCAGGGUUAUAAGAGAAGACAUAGCAGCUUAUAUAACAAACAGAGAUGGUCAUCCUUGUAAUCCUGAUAAUAUUUUCCUCUGCACAGGAGCAAGUGAUGGUAUCAAGACCAUCAUGAAACUAUGUAUGACAGGUGAAGGAGGAAAUAAAAGAGCAGGAGUAAUGAUACCAAUACCACAGUACCCCCUCUAUACAGCCACAAUAGCCGAGUACAAUGCUUGUCCUAUCAAUUAUUACUUAAAUGAAGAUAACAACUGGUCAUUAGAUAUACCUGAACUAAAACGUUCCAUACAAGAAGCAAGAUCUCACUGUAUACCUAGAGUUCUAUGUGUAAUCAACCCAGGGAAUCCUACAGGCCAGGUGCUAUCUAGAGAAAAUAUAGAAAAUGUUAUUCGUUUUGCCAAAGAAGAAAAUCUUGUCUUGAUGGCAGAUGAGGUUUAUCAGCACAAUGUAUAUGCUAAAGGUUCUGCAUUCCAUUCCUUUAAAAAAGUAUUGACAGAGAUGGGACCAGAAUAUCAGGACAUUGAACUGGCCUCAUUUAUGUCGACAUCAAAAGGAUAUAUGGGCGAGUGUGGUUUCCGUGGAGGAUAUUGUGAAGCAAUCAACCUUGACCCAGAUGUUAAAGUUCAGCUGCUGAAAUCUAUUUCUGCUAAACUGUGUUCAUCUGUUUCUGGACAGGCUGCCAUGGAUGUUGUUGUCAACCCUCCAACAUCAAGUGAACCUUCAUAUCCACUUUUUCUGAAGGAAAAAGAACAAGUUUUAGGAGAUCUAAAGGAAAAGGCCAAAAUGGUGACAGAGACAUUUAAUUCAAUGGACAGAAUGUCAUGUAAUGUUGUUCAAGGUGCUAUGUAUGCAUUCCCACAAAUUAAUAUGCCUCCAGCUGCUAUAGAAGAAGCCAAGAAACGAGGUGUACCAGCUGAUGUGAUGUAUUGUUUUGAGUUGCUAGAAAAGACAGGUAUAUGUGUUGUCCCUGGCUCAGGAUUUGGUCAGAGACCUGGCACAUAUCAUUUUAGGACCACAAUCUUGCCUCCUGUAGAAAAGUUGAAAGAAAUGUUGGAAAGAUUUAGGAACUUCCAUGAACAGUUCUUGUCUACAUACAAGUGAAUACAAUUAAAGUCAACCAGGUACCAGGUGUGAAAUCAUGAUUUUACUUAGAUUCUGCACAUGCAUAAAUAGCAUAAUAGACAUUUACAUAUUUCGGCUGUAAAAAAAAUUGGAACAUUAGACAAAAGCAAUUGUUUAUACCUAACUGCUUUAUAUUUGUGAUAUGUUUCUAUUGUCAAGCAUAAAUUCAUCUAUAAUUUGUAUUUUUUUUUGUAUAAAUGAAAAAUGCAGAUUGUAAAAGUUAUUACAUCAGAAAAGUGCUGCUUGGGAUUCCAUCGUCAGAGAUUUAUUUUAACAUUAGAAAAAACAAUUAGAUUUCUAAAGUGUCUUGAAUUACAGAUGUUAACCAUAGUAAAGAGUAAUGAUUUGAAAUGAUUCAAACAAUAUUAAAUUAACCAUAAUGUUAAGAUACAAAGCUAGCAAUGUUACACUUUUGUAUGUGAAACAUAUUUUUGUACUGUCAUAUUAGUAUCAAGUUAUGCAUUUGUUUUGGGAGAUUUACCUUCAUCUUACAACUGUCAUUGUGCCAUGUAUCGCACAGGGCUUGACUGUUCUGUGAGAUGUUAUUAAAUCAGUAAAAGCUUAGAGGUUAACCUUCAGUGGAUUAAUUUGCUACAAAAAAAAAAAAAAUUGUUUCCAAAUGUAAUCUUAGUUGUAUAUUUUUCUGUUAUCAUGACAAGUCCUGCAAUAGAUAAUUCUUCUUUUGCUAAAUUUCUUUUUUUUCUAUAUCUUUAUUUAUAUAACACUGCUUAUGUUUUUGUUAUUUGUUUAAAAUUUAGUGCUUUAGAGUAUAAAUGUUAAUGUAAAUAUUGUUUUUGCUAAUUGUUUUUAUUUGAUAUAGGAUAGUACCUAAAAGCAAAUAAAUGGGCAUUUGAACUAAUUUUAAUAACAUUCACCUGAAGUAUUUCAUAUUCACAAUUUUAAUGUUUCAUUUUAUGCAAGGAUUUGUAUACUAUACAGAUCCUUAAUUUAUGUAGUUUAUAUAGGUCACUGAUGCAAAUGUUUAUAAAUACUUUUCUAUUAAAUUUACUACAUAAAUUUAUCAUUAGGUUAUGGUGAUCAUGACAAGUGUUACAUUGAUAUAAAUUUUUGUAAGUCAUUGAUUAAUUAGGAACGUUUAUAUCACCAAUAUAUAAAAUUCAAAAAAUUUUAAUCAAGUUAAAAUUUUAUGAAAUAUUUAUAUAUAUAAGUAUAAAUAAUUUAAAUAAGAUUAAUGAAUUAUAAAUAGGUAUUUCCCUGUAAAUUUUUAACCAUAACCAAUUUGAGGCUUUAAGAGAACCAGGAUUGCAGAUUAUGAUUUGUUACUGUUAAUGGUAGAUUUGUGUGUUUAUAGGUGUAAAUGUACUCUGAUUUGGGUAUUCUGACUAAUUGAAUAUAAUGGGCUGAUGAUACUCUUUAACAAUAAUGGUUCACAAUUCCUGUUAAGAUCAGGGUCCAGGUAAAUUUGCAUAAUCUUAUUUAUAAGGCAAAUCAAAUGAGAAACACAACAAUUUACAAAAAAAUAGAAAUAAGACCGACAUGAAUCAACAAUAACCACUGAACACUCCUGACUUUGAACAGUUACAUAAAGAAUAUUUUGAGGUUAAGUUUGUUUAUGAGCACUCAAACCCCUCCCCUCUUACCAGCAACAAUGAACAUUUAUUUUUCAUUUUCUACACUUAAUAUUAUUAUUCAUGCAGCUAUUGUACAAUUUAUGUAGUUUUUAAAUGACAAUCUCAAAUAAAUAUAAUGAUCUGUUGUUUACAAUUUAUAGACAUAAUGCAUUAUAUGACAUAUACCCAGUGGUCGAAAUUAGCACUGGUCUGGUGGUUGAGAUCAGAAGAAUAUAUGUCAGAUCAGUAGAUUUUGUGAGCUGGUGGUCCGGCAGACCAGUAGAAUUUCGUCAAUAAAAAUCACUUAUUGCAUUACAAUCUUCUUUUGUUUACAAUGAAUUUUGCUACGAAAUCUGUACCAAGCACAAUGUAAUGAAUUGUAUAACAUGUGAAGAAUUUGCAAUGGCAGACCUAGAAAAAAAAAAUAUUUUGUACCUGGAUCUUCAAAUUUGAAGUUAGAUUCUGUAAUUGCUCAUGAACAAUCAGAACAGCACAAAAAAUCUACUGAAAUAACAUAUGUAAAAGAAAGCAUGCAAAUAAAAGUAAACAUCUAUCAUUUA